AUGUCGUCAACUGGGAAGUCCUCUUUCUUCUCGAGGAAUAAGAAGGAUAAGAGAAAUCCUAAUGAUGAAGGACGACAACUUUCUUCCGCAGGGAACAAUGAAACAGGAAGUGGAAGUGCUCGUGGGUCGCAAUCUUCAAGACAUGCAAGAAUGUCCUCGGUGGCCUCAGAAGAUGCUUUUGGCUCGCCUGGUGCGGACUUGACGGGAAUCAAUAUGAUGGCUGGUGUUAUUACUUCAAUUCCAUAUGACAGUGUAAUGGCAGAUGGCAGAUCACCAAUACCAGUAGAUUAUCUACCCAGGAGCGAUCAAAUGCCAUUAAGAAGAGAGCCACUUCCGCAUCAUCUGAAUAUGAGUGGCAUGGAUUUUCAUCAAUACCCCGCCUCUGACACAGCAUCAACUAAUGGCAGUUCGCAUCCUUCCGGUCCACGUCCUCCACCGACUGGGGGUAAUGUAACAAUGGCAUCAACAGGGAAUCGUACAACUCAAUUACAACAAUGGGGUCCCAGUAGGACCAGUAUCGCCAGCACUGUAAAUGGGAGCCACAAUUCAAGAUACGAUUCUUAUUCCACAAAUCAAUCCUCAAAUUAUGGCGGUCGCGUAUCGUUCGAUCAACAAAGUAUAGAUUCAAUGACCGAAAGAUCUAGCGUUCUCUCGUCAGGAAGCUCCUCAAAAACGGCUUUGCCAGGCUCUUAUUCCAAUAGCUCGUUAUCACCAUCAUAUCAACCAGGAAGUGGAAGAGAUGCCCAACGGCUGACAAAAUUACCUCAACAUCUCAGCGCAGGAUAUGGUUCCCCAGUCGCAUCGCCAGAUGGAUUCAAGCUCAACAAACCCAACGAUGACAGAGUUAUUGAAGAGCAAUUUUUGUCACUAAUGCAGAAACGAGGAUGGCACAAUUUACCAGAUCAGGCGCGCCGGCAAAUGAUGGCAUAUACACCAGCGAAGAAGUGGACUUUAGUACAUCAAGAUCGUUUGACGGAAUGGCAAGGUGAACAGAAAAGGCGAACAAAUGCCAGGCAAACCGGUCAAUAUGGUUCUGCUAUGGAAAUGCUCCUCAAUGCUGAGGAAGAAGGAACUCCGGAAUGGUUUGUAAGGAAGGUCAUGGACAAUAGCAUUUCCGCAAAGCAAUUACAAAGUCUCGCAGUCAGCCUCCGAACGCAACCAAUCGGCUGGGUAAAAACCUUUGUGGAAUGCCAGGGUCAAGUUGCUCUCACCAAUGUACUCGGAAAAAUUAAUCGGCGACAAGCUCAGGGACCGACCGGACCAGAGGGGACAAUUAGUGAAAAGGAUUUGGAGAGGGAAUAUGAUAUCUGCAAGUGUCUGAAGGCGUUGAUGAACAACAAAUUUGGCGCCGACGAUGCUUUGCAACAUCAACAAGUCAUCGUGGCUUUGGCUACCUCCUUGGUAUCGCCCAGGAUUCCAACAAGAAGGGUUGCCAGUGAAGUCUUGACUUUCUUGUGUCAUUGGGCAGACGGACAGGGUCACUUGAAGGUCAUCCAGGCUAUGGACUAUGUAAAAAAUCAACAGGGCGAAAAUGGACGUUUCGAUGCAUGGAUGCGUGUUGUUGAAGUCACUGUUGAUGGCCGAGGAAAGAUGGGAAGUCUUGUGGGUGCCAGUGAGGAGGUCAGAACGGGUGGUGCGGGCAUGGAGAAUCUGCUCAUGGAAUAUGCUCUGACGAGUAUGUUCUUGAUCAACAUGGUCGUUGAUGCUCCUGAGAGGGACUUGCAGCUCCGUAUUCAUAUUCGAGCUCAAUUUACAGCAUGCGGCAUCAAGCGGAUUCUUACGAAGAUGGAAGGCUUCCAAUACGAUGUUCUCGAUAAGCAAAUCGAAAGAUUUCGUACGAAUGAAGCGAUUGAUUAUGAGGAUCUACUCGAGCGUGAGAACAGUAGUAUUAAGGAUAGCAUUGAAGGGGAAACCAAAGAUCUCACUGACCCAGCUCAAAUUGUCGAUGCUAUUAUGCAAAAGGUUCAGGGUAGCAGGACUCAAGAUUACUUCGUUUCUGCAAUGCAGCAUCUUCUACUCAUUAGAGAUAGCGACAGCGAUGAACGAUUACGAAUGUUUCAACUGGUGGAUUCUAUGCUUAGUUAUGUCGCUAUGGAUAGGAGACUGCCUGACAUGGAUCUAAAGCAAAGUCUUAAUUUUACGGUACAAAGUCUCUUGGACAAACUGCACACAGAUUCCGAGGCACGGCAAGCACUCGAUGAAGCCCUUGAAGCUCGCCAAAUUGCCGAUUCGGCAAUGGCUGAAAGGGAUGAAAUGAGAGCUAGGAUCGAGUUAGGUGCGGAUGGGCUUGUAGGCAAAAUGCAAAAGCAAUUAGACGAGCAAGCACAAAUUAUCGAGGUCCAGCGGAGACAAAUCGAUGCAGUAAAGGGUGAGAUGGAAAAUCUUCAAGCGGUUCGUUCUAAGGAAGCCCAACGGAAUGAGCUUGAAACUAGAGAGCUGUACCUCAUGCUCCGUGAUGCACAAGAUAUCGCCGCGUCCAAUGCCAUGAAGGGUGGAUCUGGAUUGGGUGAGACAGAUCCUUCGCACAUGAAAGGUAUCCUGGAUCGUGAGAAACUCAUGGAUCGUCUCGAGAUGCAAAUUGAGCGACAGAAGACCCAAUAUAAGCUUGAAGGUAGAGUAUGGGGCGAUACAGCCGGUCCUUCUGAUCGUUUGAGAGCACUUCGUGAAGAAAUGGAUGAUGAAGAUCGUGGACAAGGCGGACAAGGCGGACAGACUCUUGGAGUUCCACCCGGAGAUUACACUAACAGCAUUCUUGGAAACGUAACGAGAUCAACUAAAAUACCCAGAAAACCAAUAGGCGCGGAAGAAUUCUCGGAAGGUUCUGACAUGGAUGACGAAGAGGGUAUGGUUUAUGAAAAGCCUCGUGUUGUCCGGCUAAGGAGACCAAAGCAGUCCAAGGGCUACUUAGAUGAGAUGGGCUCCAAAGUAAGGCGUUACGAUGCUAGUGAUGAUGAAGAGAAUGAUGGAAUUACCACGGGACCUUCACACCCAAGUCUUGAGUCCGACUCGCCUAAAACCCCUCGUGAUGAUAGUUCUUCGAAGGUUGAGGGACCACCAAAAGUCACAGGCUUCAAUGGCCCCCCUCCUCCUCCACCGCCUCCUCCCCCACCUAUGCCCGGUCAAGGUCCUCCUGGGUUCAAUGGUCCCCCUCCUCCUCCACCGCCUCCACCCCCACCUAUGCCCGGUCAAGGUCCUCCUGGAUUCAAUGGACCACCCCCUCCCCCUCCCCCUCCUCCUGGUAUGCCUGGUAUGAAAGGCAUGCCUCCUCCGCCGCCACCUCCCCCUCCUCCACCUGGUAUGCCAGGCGGAAUGGGUGGGCACUUCUUAUCACAACCAUCAUAUAAUGCUGCACCAGCACUUGGCAUGGGUGUUGCAAGAUCCAAGAAGAAGCUCAAGGUUAUUCAUUGGGAGAAGGUCGAUACUCCUAUGACAACGCAUUGGGCUGCUCAUGCACCUACGGCAUCAGAGAAGGAAGAGAAAUAUGCCGAGCUUACCCGCAAGGGUGUUCUUGAUGAAGUCGAGAAAUUGUUCUUGGCAAAGGAAAUCAAACAAAUUGGAAAGAGCAGUAAGGCCAAGUCGGACAAGAAACAGAUCAUCUCAAGUGAUCUGAUGAGGACGUUCCAAAUUUCCCUUUCCAAGUUCUCCACAUUUGCUCCAGAUAAAAUUGCACAAAUGAUCAUUCAUUGCGACAAGGACGUUUUAGACAAUCCUGUGGUGAUGGACUUCUUAAUCAGAGAUGACAUGUGCAAUAUACCCGAAAGUACAGCCAAGCUUAUGGCACCGUACAGCAAGGACUGGACUGGACCUGAUGCAAACAAGGAGAAUCGAGAAUUAGACCCCAAUGAGUUAACUCGCGAAGAUCAACUCUAUCUGCAAACAGCCUUCGAAUUACGUCAUUACUGGAAGUCAAGAAUAAGAGCACUCUUACUUACUCGCACUUUCGAGCAAGAAUAUGACGAAAUUUCGGAGAAGCUCAAACAAGUUGUGGCCGUAUCCGAGUCAUUGAGAGACUCGGUUUCCUUGAUGAAUGUAUUGGGCUUGAUUCUUGACAUUGGUAACUAUAUGAAUGAUUCCAACAAACAAGCGAGCGGUUUCAAAUUGAGCUCCUUGGCACGAUUAGGAAUGGUCAAGGAUGACAAGAAUGAGUCAACAUUUGCCGAUCUUGUCGAACGUAUUGUUCGAACACAGUAUUCAGAAUGGGAAGGCUUCACUGACGACAUUGGUGGCGUUGUCGCGGCACAAAAGUUAAAUGUUGAGCAACUACAGCAAGACGCCAAACGAUACAUUGAUAACGUCAAGAACGUUCAAAUGUCAAUUGAUUCGGGUAAUCUUAGCGAUCCGAAGAAGUUCCAUCCACAGGACCGUGUUAGUCAAGUUGUUCAACGAUCGAUGAAGGAUGCAAGAAGGAAGGCUGAGCAGAUGCAACUGUUCUUGGAUGAGAUGAUUCGGUCUUAUAAUGAUAUCAUGGUCUUCUAUGGUGAAGAUGCUGCUGACGAUAAUGCAAGAAGAGAAUUUUUCGCCAAGCUUGCUAUUUUCGUAACCGAAUGGAAGAAAUCAAAAGAAAAGAACAUUAUUAUGGAGGCUACACGUAAGCGUAACGAGGAGUCGAUGAAACGAAAGCGUCAACAAAUCAAUGUUGGUGCUACAGCAUCUGCUGGACCACCGUCACCAAGUUCCACAGGCGCUAUGGACUCCUUGCUUGAAAAAUUGCGAGCUGCCGCACCACAAGUUCGCGAUCAGAGAGAUCGAAGACGGAGAGCACGAUUACAAAACCGACAUCAAGUCCGAGUUGCAUCGGGCCAGAAUAUUCCUGACCCAGAUGAAAUACCAGACGUUGAAACGGGUCUCAUGAGCCCUGAUUCAGUCAGUACAGAAGGCUUAUUAAGUCCUGAUCUACCGGUACCUAAGGAGGUCGAAAAUGAGACCGAUGAUGUCGCUGAUAGAGCAGCACAAUUAUUACAAGGCAUGCGAGGAGCAGAUGGUGCUGAUGAAGGGGAUGGAGAUACUACUAGAAGGGAUAGUGCGAGAAGGUCAAGGCGAAGGAACAAUGCCGAGGAGGAAAGAAACGAACGAAGGAGACGUAGACAGAAAGCUACAAGUACAUCUGAAGCUGCGAUACCCGGUGCGGAAGAAGAAACGAAUGCGGAAGAUUCAAAAAUAAAGGAAACCACGAUUCUGGUACCAGGUACGCCGUUAUCGGAAGAGGGUGAGAAGAUACUCACUCCCACGAUGAUUGUUAGUCCACCUGAUGGUAUGGAAACCGAUGGUUCGGAGCAGAAACCUAUCGAUUUGGAUGAUUAA